AUGCCGGUGGCAGCGUCGGCCAUCUACUUCCUCAACCUCCGCGGGGACGUCCUCAUCAACCGCCUCUACCGUGACGAUGUCGGGGGAAAUAUGGUUGAUGCAUUCAGAAUGCAUAUCAUGCAAACAAAAGAACUUGGCACGUGUCCUGUUCGCCAAAUAGGAGGCUGCUCCUUCCUUUAUAUGAGGAUCAGUAAUGUUUACAUUGUGAUUGUCGUUAGCAGCAAUGCUAAUGUUGCUUGUGCUUUCAAAUUUGUUGUCGAGGCGGUGGCUCUCUUCAAGUCCUACUUCGGUGGAGCUUUUGAUGAAGACGCUAUCAGGAAUAACUUUGUUUUGAUAUAUGAACUUCUUGAUGAGAUCAUGGAUUUCGGUUAUCCUCAAAAUCUGUCACCUGAAAUCUUGAAGUUGUAUAUAACUCAAGAAGGUGUUCGGUCACCAUUUUCCUCAAAGCCCUCGGACAAGCCUGUUCCAAAUGCGACUCUUCAAGUCACUGGUGCUGUUGGUUGGAGAAGAGAGGGACUUGUGUACAAGAAGAAUGAGGUUUUCUUGGACAUAGUUGAGAGUGUAAACCUUCUUAUGUCUUCGAAAGGGAGUGUUCUAAGAUGUGAUGUGACGGGAAAGAUUCUUAUGAAAUGCUUCCUUUCUGGAAUGCCUGAUCUGAAGCUGGGACUAAAUGACAAGAUUGGACUUGAAAAAGAGGCCCAACUAAAGUCCAGACCAGCAAAGAGUGGGAAGACCAUAGAACUUGAUGAUGUCACAUUCCACCAGUGUGUCAACUUGACAAGAUUUAACUCAGAAAAGACAGUCAGUUUUGUGCCACCAGAUGGUGAAUUUGAAUUGAUGAAGUAUCGAAUCACAGAGGGUGUAAACCUCCCAUUCCGUGUUCUACCAACAAUCAAGGAAUUGGGCCGAACACGCAUGGAGAUCAAUGUGAAAGUCAAGAGUGUUUUCGGUGCUAAGAUGUUUGCACUUGGUGUCGUCGUUAAAGUCCCGGUUCCAAAGCAGACAGCUAAGACUAGUUUCCAAACAACGUCAGGCAAAGCAAAAUACAAUGCUUCGAUUGAUUCACUGGUGUGGAAGAUCAGGAAAUUCCCUGGACAGACUGAGGCAACUAUGAGCGCAGAGGUGGAGUUGAUCUCUACCAUGGGUGAAAAGAAGUCAUGGAACAGACCACCUAUCCAGAUGGAAUUCCAGGUUCCAAUGUUCACUGCUUCUGGUUUACGUGUUCGGUUCCUUAAGGUCUGGGAGAAGAGUGGUUACAACACUGUUGAGUGGGUUCGCUACAUCACGAGAGCUGGUUCAUAUGAGAUAAGGUGUUAG